AUGCAUGAACCUGAGCACAAGACACAAGUGGUGUCAGCAUUGCCUGAAUUCAGCAUAUGCAUACGAAUAAAGGUGGACAUAUGCGUCCGGGGUAUUUUAUUUUCAACUUUAGUUUUCGGCCCGGCUUGUGGCUUCAUCUUAGGUUCCGUCUGUACCAAAGUCUAUGUUGAUGCUGUCUUCAUUGACACCAGUAAGCUGGACAUCACCCCUGAUGACCCUCGCUGGAUCGGAGCGUGGUGGGGUGGCUUCCUCCUCUGUGGUGCCUUACUCUUCCUGUCGGCCCUCUUCAUGUUCGGCUUCCCCCAGGCACUGGACGAGCAGGACAUGGACGGUGGAGGGGAGAGUGAGCAGGCCAUGCUGCCUUCUUCCCUGACCAUGGAAUACCAGGGCUCCAAACCCAAUGGGACCAUCCGGGGCUUUGAGUUAAACAGUGGCCUCUCGGUCUGUGAGCAUUUGAGAAUAAUCCCUCGAGUCACCAGGCACUUACUCUCUAAUCCGGUGUUCAGCUGCAUCACACUGGCAGCCUGCAUGGAGAUUGCCGUGGUUGCUGGCUUUGCUGCCUUCCUUGGAAAAUACCUGGAGCAGCAGUUCAACCUUACCACCUCUUCAGCCAAUCAGCUGCUAGGUAUGACGGCCAUCCCGUGUGCCUGUCUGGGUAUCUUCCUCGGGGGGCUGCUGGUGAAGAAACUGAACCUGUCUGCUCUGGGCGCCGUCCGUAUGGCCAUGCUGGUCAACCUGGUGUCUACUGCCUGCUACGUCUCAUUUCUCUUCUUGGGGUGUGACACCGGGCCUGUCGCAGGGGUCACUGUGGCCUAUGGCAAUGAGACGUUGCAUUCCUGGCAGCGACCUGAGUCAGCGUGCAUCAAUAACUGUAACUGCUACACAGCGUCAGUGAGUCCUGUCUGUGGUUCCAACGGAGUCACCUACCUCUCAGCCUGCUUCGCUGGCUGCACCAAACCAAACCUGACCAGCUGCACGUGUAUAUCCAGCAACAGUGAGGAGGCCGUGGCACUACCGGGGAAGUGUCCCAGUCCAGGCUGUCAGCAGGCAUUCCUCACCUUCCUGUGUGUUAUCUGUGUGUGCAGCAUGAUCGGAGCUAUGGCCCAGACACCCUCCGUCAUCAUCCUUAUCAGAACUGUAAGUCCAGAGCUGAAGUCUUACGCCCUUGGGGUUUUGUUUCUGCUGCUGAGACUUAUAGGCUUCAUUCCUCCCCCUCUGAUCUUCGGCAUGGGCAUCGACUCUACCUGUCUGUUCUGGAGCUCAGUGUGCGGCGAGAAGGGAGCCUGCAUGCUGUACGACAACGUGGCCUACAGGCACCUGUAUGUCAGCAUCGCCAUCGCCCUCAAGUCCUCUGCCUUCCUCCUGUACGCCACCACAUGGCAGUGUUUAAGGAAGAACUACAGGAAGUACAUCAAGAACAGCGAGGGGUACCUCACCCCCACCGAACUCUUCGCUUCCAACGUGACUCUGGACAAUUUGGGCAAGGAGAUUACGCAGAACCCGGCCAACAGGACAAAGUUCAUAUACAACCUGGAGGACCAUGAGACGUGUAACAACAUGGAGUCAGUUUUAUAGUGGCGUUCUGCACAGGGACUGCAGGCUGGAGGUGUUAGUGUGCAACUGACCUGAUGUGCAAUGUUUCUCUGGUGUAUAUUGAUUUAGAAGAAUGUCCUCAGUAUGGGUCUUAUCUUCUUCUCACCCAAACAUCAAAACACAAGGAAAAAAAUAUCCCAAAAUAUCCACAUUAUACUCAAUUUCUUCUUUUGUUUUCAGAUAUAUUUUUUUGAUUUUGUUUAGCUUUUUUCACUUACUUAACACCCAAGAAGGGAUUGACAGCAAACACUGGGAGAGAAAGGAGAAAUGACACUUGAACCAAUUUUAAACAGGGAUGUUGCAGUAAAGUGUUUUGCAUCCUGCAACAUCCUUCUACCAGGACACCAACAGAAUUAUUUUCUCUACAGAUUUAGGUUUAGUAAAGUUUUCGGUCAAACUCAGAGCUGUGUAAGAAGCAGAAAUCCGUUUGUUCGUCAACUUUUCUUUGACAGUUUAUUUUCCUUUAGAAGGAAAUAUUUCUCAGGUCGUCAAGUCAGAUAGAAAGAAUGAGAGUUAAUGUGAUUGUUCCCUGUCAGAUGAAGCAUUUUUCAGCUUAUUUUUUUUAGCACUUUUCAAGAACAUACAGCUGUAGUGCAAGUGGGAUCAUUCCAUUCAGGGAGUAUCACUCUUGUAAUUGGCUUAGCAACCCCAACAAAUUAUUAUUUACUCAAUUAACUUUAACACACAGAGAGGCCAACUCUAUCUUCUGGCCUCAUCAUUAAAGAUUCGGGAGAUUAGAGACAGAAAAGAAAUAAUAUCUACUGCUCUACACCAAAACCAAAUAAAUCGAUUUCCAAAGCGUCUUAAAAUAAUUGCACUUU